AUUCGCAUCCUCUUCUUCUUUUGAGAAGGUACCCAGACAUCCACCCUGGAUGGUUUCAAGAAAUCCACCAAAACCCUAUAAUUUUUAAGUUGAAGCCUAACAAUGCCGGAAUCGAGAGACAGAAUGUCGAGACCUGAAGACAUCGCGGAGUUGUUCCUUCGCCGUCGGUCCGGCAUUCUUGGGAUUUUAGCAGAUGGAUCGGAGAGGAGCUCCAACUUGUUCGGGUCUCCUUCCCGGCGUGAGACUACGACGACGACAACGACGUUGGGUGCACGUGGAGCGACCGGAAUCUUGGCAUCGAGAGGGGGUGGGGUGGGAAGGGGCGGCUUUGGAACUCCAAGAAUCGGAAGUGGACGUGGCCGUGGCCGGGCUGUGUACCGAUCUCCUCUGUUUGGUCGAGAGAAUACCCCGGCAACCGGAAGUGGUCGGCGAGGAAGAGGUCGUUCCGGAAAUUCCGUGUUGCCAUCUUGGUAUCCAAGAACACCUCUUCGUGACAUCACUCAUGUUGUUCGGGCGAUUGAAAGGAGAAGAGCUCGCUUGAGAGAAAUUGACGGUCAGCAAAUCGAUAUUCCAAUCCCCCAGGAUAUUUCUGAUGUUCAUGACCCCAUUUUGCCCCCAUCUAGUGCUCAACUCGAGCAGGAUAUUUCUAUGAUCUCCCCAAGACCAACAAGCGGAAUGAAGCUUGUUCCAAAGACUGUUGGUAAGGUGCCAAAGAUUUUGCUUGAUAUCACCGAUCAGACUGGUGGAGGAUCAGAUUUUCUCACACCCCAGAAGAAACUCCUCAAUUCCAUUGACACGGUUGAGAAGGCAGUGAUGGACGAGCUCGGGAAAUUGAAGCGAACGCCCAGUGCGAAGCGGGCCGAACGAGAGAAAAGGGUACGCACUUUGAUGUCUAUGCGUUGAUUGAAAGAAAUUGUUCGGAUUCAUGGCAACGAAGAUGGAGAAAACAGAAGCCAGGAGAAUUAACAACAAACCUGCGUGGUAAGAUUGAUCAUCCUCUGAUGAUUUCCUUCUCGUGGACCUCUGUGGUUCAUUGAGGCAGAUACCUAUAGAUUCAUAUUUCUUCGUCAAUUUACUUUUCAUUUUAACCUUUGGCUGAAGGUCUUAGUUUAGGAUCAGUAGGCAAUUUUGCUUUUAAUGCCCAGGGUCUUAGCAGUGUAUGCAUUAGUUUCUUUGUACAUAACUGUUGAAUCUCGUCAUCAGUUUCUUUACUUCCUAAGGCCCUUAGGGUUGUGUAGCAUUUUAAAUAAAUGGAUUUUCCUAUAUGAUUUGUGCAUUUGUGUUAA